CAAAAUGGCUGUGAUGUAAACAAAAGUAAAGAGUGUGAUGAAUAAUUUCAUAAAUUUUGUUUCUUUUCUUGGCUAAAAAAGCAAAAGUCCAUCCCCAAUGUUACAUGAAUCAGUAAUUCUAGAUGUUGAAGUAACCUUAAUGCAACAAAAUGACACAUCCAAAGGGUUUAGAAGGAGAUGACCUAAUUAAAAAUAUUCAACAACUAGUUAGUAGUUUCGAGCCUCAUAUCAGUGAACUGGAAUCAACAGAUCAAGUUAAAGAUGUCUUAUUACAGUUAGAGAGAAAUGAUGAACAUUUUCAUAAACGUGAGAUAGUGAAACAGUUGAAAUCUGGAUUAAAUGAUGUAAUAGAUAAAAAUUCUAUGACAGGACAGGUUGUAUCUAGUGGUUAUGAUGUAGAUAGAUCAGUUAAACAAAGGACAGAUGCUAUACGAUCUUCUAAAGAUUAUAAAGACUUUAAGAAGAAACUACAUGAUGAUGUUAAAGAUGCUGUAGAACAUAUUGUAUUAAACUAUGAUUCUUUAAAAAUAGAAGAUCAGGUACGAGGUUCAGGGUUACCCCAGCAACGACAAGGAUUUAUGGGUAGUGACGAUGAAGAUAUUUCUUCUUGUGGAAGUAUAUUUUGUCAGGGAAGUGUGACGAUGUUUGACCCUGAUGCUUUAAAGAAGAUAGCCAAUGAAUUAUCUAUAUCUAAGUCACAUCAAACUAAAUAUGAUGCCAUGUUGAAGUUAAAUCGUAUUAUGAGUGCUGAUAUGGUUAAUAAUAAUAGUUGGAAUUAUUUACGCAAACAAUUGUUAGAUGUUCUAUCUGAUCCUGAUGAAGAACUUACGCAACUAAGUCAGAAAUUUAUAGCAAAAGCAUUUACAAAUACAUGCCAUCAAACCAGAGAGAUUUAUAGUUUACUGACUGAGUAUUUAACAUGUCAGUUUCAAACUAGAGACAGCAAUAGACAAUUGCUCAGUAAUGGACUUGAUACAUCUAAGCCAGAAAAUAUUAAACUACUUAAAGCAUUUCGAUUGAUGAAUGAAUUUCAACAAGAAGCCUCAAAUUAUUGGAUACGGUAUCCUGAUAAGUAUUUAGAGGAAGUGGUUGAAUCUACGUUAAAGCUGUUUUCUGUUCAACAGACAUUAUCUACCGGUGUACAGACUUAUCUAAUGCCAUUACAUUAUUUGGCUCUAGUUGACCCUAAAGCUGUUUGGUGUAUUAAAUGGAUGCAUGGUAACUACAGCAGAAGAGCAUUACUAAGUUUAUUGAAGGAUUAUAAACAAAUUGUUGAAAAUGCUGUUUAUCAUUGUUUACAUUUCUUCAAUAAAAAAACCAAAGAUUACAAAUCUAAUGAUAUCGCGGAAUCAUUGUCAAAACUCCACGUCUCCAGUGGUACUACUAAAAGAAAACACUUCUACACAAGUUUAGAGUUAGAAUAUAUCUAUCUUAUACAUUCUCUCUGUUUUAUUGGACGUCUGCUGUGUUUUAUUGAUGGACGAAAAUUCUUCCCAAUGAAAUUUAAAGUUAAAUCAGAUUAUGCAAAUCCUGUAACUGUCACAACUUUAUUAAAAGCAUUUAUUACCAUCAUUGUUGAAUGUCCUUCUGUCUGGGACUCAAAAUCAGAGAGUUUAGAUGCAGCUAGUUUAAUGAGUGAAGUUUUAAAGGAUUUAUGUGAGUGUGGUAAAUUAAAAGAGAUUGGUUUCUGUCAUAAUGAUAUAACUACAGCAUUACUCAUACCUAUAUCACAAUAUCUAAAUAUUAAUACUGGUAAAAAAUUACCAAGUGAAGAAGCUUUAUUGCAUGUGGCAGAUAUUUUGUGUGUAAUGGCUUCCGAUUCUGAUGGUCGGCAACAUUUAAUGUAUGGAGAAGGUGGAAACAUGUUCUCUAAAGCCAAGACCUUACCACCAAUACAUUAUAUUUGUGAAUUUACGAAGAAAUGUUUGCGUAAAGAAUUGCCAGCUGGUAUUUCUGUGCCAUCUAGAACUGUGAUUGGUGUAUAUCUAUAUAUCUGUCGUCAGUUGUAUAUAACAUGUGAUGGUCUACAUAUACUACUACCAUAUAAUCUACAUACCUAUAUAGCAGAUGCCUGGUUAGAGGCAUCACAAGCUGGAGAUCGUGCUGCUACUCCAACUCAGUUAGAUUCACAAGAUACAAUAUCUAGAGCUGAUGAUGAUAAUGUGUUAUUUUGGCAGGAUUCGUUAUUAGGCAGUUUAUUAAAUUUUGCAAGUACAGCAAGAGGAAUAUUAUUAUUACAGCAGAAUAAAGCCAUUAAUGAAUGUGUGGCUUAUAUGUAUGAUAGAUACAAGAGAAAACUUCAGGUUGGUAAAUUUGAAAAGUUUGGUUAUGGUGUGAUGGUAACACAGGUAGCUGCUACAGCACCUGGUAUAUCAGCUUUACAAAAUACAGGAUAUAUACAAGCUUUAAUGAAUGAAAUUUGGACCUGUUUAGAAUGUGGUGAAUCAGAUGUGCCAGUUUAUGCUGCUAAAGUUUGGCCAGUAGAUGUUAUAGAACGAUCAUCACAUAAGCAUUUAAUAAGAAUAUUAAAUAUAUUAUCAUCGUUUGCGGCUGUAUAUGAAUUAUUGGCUACUAAACCUCUACCUGUUAAAGAUAGUUAUACGUUUAGAGAGAUACCAGAUACUAUAGCUGCAAUGUUAGAUAGAUUAAUAAUGGUGGAUAGUCCAGCUAAAAUACAUUCAUUAUUUAAUUAUGAACAUUCCCAUGUAUUUGGUUUAAGGGCAUUAAGUGUAAUGGUAUCAUGUCUAGAUACAAGUCUACUAUUACAGUCACAGUAUAAAAUUCAAGAUGUAUUUCUCAUGGCACAGGCUGAAGAUAAAACAGACAGUGAUCAGUUUAUAAUAGACAUGUUGUCAGCAGAGAGAAAUUAUAUUCUUGUAUCAUCAUUUCUCAUUGGUGGACCAUCUGAAAGAAUCUUACCACCUCACUCAUUGGAGCAGGGAGAAACUCAGAAGCCGGGUGUUAUAUAUCCGUAUCCUAUGUUUAGUUCUUAUCCAGUACCUAAAGAAUACAUUCCUAAUCUUGCUGGUAGAUCUGUCAUGAAGCAAGCUUUUGUAGAAUUUGCUGAUGAAGUUAAAGAUAAUGAAAUGACAAAAUUUCUCUCUGCCUCUGGAAGGGGAGACAAAAAGAUGGCUUGGUUAGACAAAUGUCGAAGUUUAUUUUUCAAUCUUCUGACUAAAAAACCUGAUCAAGUGAAAGGAACAUUACUACAGUUGUUAUUUGAGCAAACUGUACAGGCCAUGAGUCAGAUAAAAGAAGAAGCAGUAUACCCUUUAACCACAUUUACUGGUGGAGAGAAUAGUAUUAAAAGCUAUAACCUUUCACCUUUACAACUACUAGGUGUUAAAGUAGCUGUCAGAUAUGGUAUACAUUUAAAGGUUGUGACAACACCUACAGAAGCUACUGAUAGUUUAACUCGUUUACUAAAACAAACAGGUGCUUUCUUCCAACAAAAAUCUAAACAUUCCAAAACAUCUUCUACUUUAUUAUAUCAGAAAGGUAGUUAUCCUGGUUUUGAUUGGUUUGCUUCCACCAUAUUUCUCAUGUUUAAUGGUGAUGGAGACAAGGCAUGGAGAUUUCUACACAAGUUCAGUACAUUAACUGUAUCAGGUUAUCUGUGGAUGCCAAGAUUACAUUCUUCUGAAGAUCUUCCAGACUCAAUCAUGUACACUGGAAUUCCACCAAUAUUUUAUUCAACAGCCCAUAACAUGGAAUUUGUUCUACAAUCAGAAUUACCAACAUUAGCAUCAGCUUUUAAAAUGUCCGGCUUCACACCAGCACAGAUCUGUGUACAUUGGUUAAAACAGUGUUUUUGGAAUUAUUUUGAUUGGAGUGAUAUAUGUCAAUAUUUAGUAUUGUGUAUUAUAAUGGGUGUAGAUUAUCAGGUGUAUAUAUGUGUAGCCAUAUUAAAACAUCUAGAGAAAGAUAUACUACAACACAUGCAAACUCAUGAUUUAAUUAUCUUCUUAAAGGAAAACCCUAUAAAGAAAUUUCGUGUAGCGGAGAAUCUAAAAUAUAUGAAAACUCUCGAGACUAAAUUUAGGAAAAUAGUUCUCAAAGAUAUGGUAACAAUGGUGACUAGGAAGAAAUGAUAAAAAUAGAAACUUCAGGAAAUGGAAAGUGUUAUAAACCAAAGUAUUCAACAGAAAGGGCACUACUGCAAACCCUACUUCAGGAAAAAUAGUCAAUAUUACUCAAUAAAAUAGUUCUAUUUAACAUUUUAUUCAUUCGUUAUCAUAUAUAACAGUAAUCGUGUAAUAAAAACAGGAGUGUAUGUCAGUCAUUCAGUCAGUUGUAUGUUUUCAUGUGGUAGAUAUUUUCAUGUACUGAAAUGAUGGAUAAUUGCUUCUUUAGUCAAUGAUAAACUAUUUAUGCCAUCUAUGCUUCAUGUAUCCCUGUCACUUUCAUAUUAGUCACAUCACUAAACACAUGACCAUGUAAUGGUUGAAAGUCAUAUUCCUUUAAAGAUACAUUAUGGGAGAUUAGAUAAAGAGCUGGCAGUUCUCACUAUAAUAGUUAAAAAAUAGAUAAGGUAAAGGGAAUUUUCUGAAAAUUUCAGUCAAAUUGAUCCACUCUGAACCGAGAAUAUAGCAAUUACAUUUUGGGCCUAGCCUCGAUCAUCAUUACUAAAGUCAGUACGAUAAAAUAGAUAGUCUCAAGUGUCCAUUUUGUGAUUUAAUCAUGAAUGAGGGUAGACCAGAUCCUAAUCCAGUAAAUAUCGCAGGCUAGCGAUGGCAUCGAGAGUUGAUUAUGAUCUUGCAGGUUUUUCUUUAGGCCUGAAAUGUUAUAUAAACUAUUAAUUAGACAUUAACAUGACAUAUUCAAGAGUUUGUUAAUUAUCUUGACAGCGGUAACAAUGACAAUCGAGGCUACAGUGAUUUUAAAAUAAGGUUUUCUUGGCUUAGAGUGAAGCAAUUUGACUAAUAUUUUCAGCAUAUCCCCUUUACAUUAUCUACUUUUUAUACGCCCACAUAUUGUCAUCGCCCCUGUCCGUCCGUCCACAAUUUGUUUGUGGGCACUCUACAGGUCACUAUUUUUAUCCGAUUUUGACGAAACUUUAAAUAUAGGUCUAUCUCCCAAAGAUCUUGGUUCCUUGUGAUAUUGGCAUGUAUCGGAUCAUAACUUUAUGGAUUAUGGCCCUUGAUUGUACGAAAAAUCCCGUUUUUAGUUUGUGGACCCGAUUUUAAAACACGUUUAAAUGUAUCACCGCUACACUCUAAUGAAGGAUGAGCUCGAAUCAUGUAGUGCAGGCCAUCAAAAGUAUAAAAAAACAAAACGAAAUAUAGAUCUGUAUAUUAAUCAGAUUGGUAUGAUUAUGAUCCAAAGAUAUUGGUUCCUUUCGAUAUCGGACUGGAGGCAGACCACCAUUAAAUUUCACCAUCUCGGUACCCACAAAUUGUAGUUUGGCAAUUUUUAUCUGAUUUUAAAAAACAUUUAAAUGUAUCAUCGUUACACCCUAAUGAUGAAUGAGUUCGAAUUUUGUGAAAAUCGCACCAAACUGCCUGACAAAAUGGCCGCUCCUUGUACACAAAUAGUAUAAAAUCUGUAAUAGAAGGUUGUGGACCCUCUAGAAAUCACAAUUUUUAUUUGAUUUUGAUGAAACUUAAAAUAUAUCUUUAUAUCCCAAAUAUCUCAGUACUUUUCGAUAUUCGCACAUUUCAGAUUAUAACUUCCUGGAUUAUGGCCCCUGAUUGUAAAAAUUACGCCUUUUUUUUUGCUUGUUCUCUAUCCAUCUCUUGCAGAAUUUAAUUAACUAUUAUAGUGCUCUUUUUCUAAUCUUCCAUAAUGUAUCUUUAACACAAAGUAGCAAUGGUUUGAUGAAUCUUUAACAGUUUAUUUGGCUCAGUGCAGGGCUAAAAUCUCAGGUCUUACCUUAAGGUCACCUGACAGACAAUUCCAAGUAAGUCAAUUUCACUUUCCUUUUAGGUGGAAUAAAGUGAAUUAAAGCAGGACCUUUAAUGUUUAUCUGACCCCUGUUCUUGGUAGCCAUGAAAUAACAAGUACAGGCAUACUAUGGACCAGGAACCGAGUGUGACAUCAUCGAAGCCAUCUUGGAAUCGUGACGUUUUUACCAAAAAUCGAAAUCCAUCAAUUGAUGCGUAAUUGUCAAAGGAACAGGCAUGCCAAGUUUCAUAUGGAUUGUACUUAAUUAAAUUGGCGGAGUCUUAGGCUUUUUUGAAGAACAACCUGAACAACACUAUGAGUAGUGCUUGGGGACAAGUUCCUGGUACAAAAUUUUCGAUGUUAUUCUUAUUGAAAAUUAAAGUGCUUUACCCUGCAAUAAUUAUUAUGUAUGGUUUUGGUUUAUAAUUUAAAUUCUUGAUGUUAUUUAUUCUAUAAAUCAUGUCCGUCUAAAAAUAUUUAUAACUCAUGUAAUAUCUCAUAUAAUAUUAAUCAAAUUAAUAAACAUUACUUUCACAUUGUA